ACCAGAAACCAGAAGUCGCGGCGCGCUCAGUCUGAUCGGUUGCUCUGUGUGCAGUGAUGUGCUCGUCAUGAUCAAGUUCAAAUAGCUGUGUGUUAGUUGCCUCACCUGUUGGAGCGCCGAUGAUAACACCGCAUUCCGGAAUGCUGUGCCCCCAAUAACAAAUGAUGCUUAUGGGAAGCUACGUUGAUCAGUAUUAUCUUAUGCUUUUCAAAAAGACUGAAGACUUGGAAAAUUUGCCGCCCUAUUUCCACCUCGGAUAAAUGAAGUUUUCUAACCUUCAAUGGAGACACGACUCGAUUUGACGACUUAAUCACAAGUUGGAGCAUCAGGGUGGCAUUGCUGAUUCCGUAAUGCCAGUUUCGGUAUCAUCGCAGAAACAAGAUGGCCGCCGGAAAUUCGCCCCCCGUCUGGAAGCACACAAAAUGGCGUACCGACUGCAAAAUCGACAGAUAGCCGAUGACGUCAUUCGGGCAUUUUCCUGCUGCCACAGUGAUUGUAUACUACUUUGUGAUAAGUCCGACCGUAGAUGUAUUGUUUCGAACUUAGGUGAAAGCUAGAGAGGAACAGACAUUUUUCUGUGAUUUCUGUAGCGGUGAAAUAGUUGAAAACGCUUAUAAAAUCAAAUUUUAGUUAGGAACAAAGCCUGACAAUAUUGGAGUAUAUAGUCAAGGUUUAGAAAGUUUGGAGUUGUGUUGUAUGUGUGAUAGUGAAAACGUCGGUUAUUGAUGAGUUAAUUUUAUAAAAGAUUGUUAGGUUUGUUUGAUUUUGUGUGUGCAAAUCUUUACAUCUGCUUGCUAGUGAAGCAGAAACAAAUUGCUGGUCGAACAAAUAAUAUAGAUACAGUGAUAUCUAGUGAAGAUAGAAAUAAUACUCUAUCGCGGUGAGUUUGAGAAGAUAAUAAACUUGAAGUGUGAGCGAUAAUAAUUUAUAUAGUUUUCAAAAAUGCCAUCGAAUCGCACCAAUGACAAGACGGCACUUCUCAACGGGUCCAGUUUGGUUUCAAAUAAUCCCGCCAAACAAAACGGCGGCUGUAGUAUUGUGGUGGGGAGUCUGCGGCGGUACAGCAAGCAACGUCUGCAGAGCACCUAUCACCAGCAUUUGCGUGCGGGAGGAUUGAUGGUUGCAAGUCCUUACUGCAAGUGCUGUCUGCUGAAGCCGGUCACUGUGAAGAGAUGCGUGGCUGGUCUGCUGAUCCUCAGCCUGCUGUCCAUUCUCUACUACACGCAUUACUUGAACUCGCCGUUCAGCAGCCUGAUGCGACGUGACUCGCGUCCGGAGCCGUCCAUCCGGUGUGCGGUGUUGAAUGGAGGGGCAAUCACACACUUGCCGGUCGCCUCCAACGACCACCGGUCGGCCGCGCGACUCCGCAUCGACCCAAAGGUGCUUGUCUUUGUCGAGACCACUUAUUCGCGACUGGGCAAAGAGAUCGCCGAGCUACUCGUCCACAAUCGCAUGAAAUACAAAGUGGAAGUAGCUGGCAAAUCUCUGCCGGUGCUAACCAACCUGGACAAGGGCAAAUACGGUGUGAUAGUGUUCGAGAACCUCAACAAGUACCUGAAUAUGGAUAAGUGGAAUAGGGAGCUAUUAGAUAAGUAUUGUAGGGAGUAUAGUGUGGGCAUAGUGGGCUUUGUCGCUCCCACCGAGGAGACUCUAGUCGGCGCUCAAAUGAAGGGCUUUCCGCUGCUCAUCCACAACAAUUUGAGAUUAAAGGACGCAGCUCUGAACGCAGGCUCUCCGAUUCUAAGACUGACCCGAGCCGGGGAGGUGGCUUGGGGCCCACUGCCGGGCUCUGAUUGGACGGUGUUCUCGCCCAAUCACAGCACCUACGAGUCGCUGGCCUGGGCCAAUAACAACUCACAAGACUGGGGUGGUGACUCCGAGGAGGGUGUGCAUACGCCGCUCACCACCGUUAUACAAGAUCACGGCAGAUUCGACAACAUCCAGCGAGUGUUCUUCGGGUCGGGCCUGAAGUUCUGGCUGCACAGACUGCUGUUUCUGGACACUCUGUCCUAUUUGAGUCACGGCCAGCUCUCCAUCAAUCUCAACCGCCUCCUUCUCGUUGACAUUGACGACAUCUUCGUCGGCGAACAGGGCACAAGACUGCGCAAGGAAGAUGUACAGGCGAUGUUAGAAGCUCAAGAACGAAUAAGGGAAAUGGUGCCGGGCUUCAAAUUCAACCUUGGAUUUUCGGGAAAAUAUUUCCAUCAUGGAACACCUGAAGAAAAUCGAGGGGAUGAUAUGAUUUUAGAAAAUUCGCACAAAUUCAUGUGGUUCAGUCACAUGUGGAAUCAUCUUCAACCACACUUGUAUGAAAACCAAAGCCAGUUGGAAGCCGACAUGUUCCUCAAUAAAGCGUUUGCCAAGGAGCACGGUAUCAGAGUUGACUCACAGUAUUCAGUGGCUCCCCACCAUUCAGGGGUCUACCCGGUGCACGAGAUGCUCUACUCGGCGUGGAAACGAGUCUGGAACGUCAAGGUGUCCUCCACCGAGGAAUAUCCUCACCUCAGGCCUGCCCGGCUACGGAGGGGAUUCAUUCAUAGAAACAUCAUGGUGCUACCUCGACAAACAUGUGGUCUUUUCACGCAUACGAUGUUCAUUGAGAGAUAUCCAGGAGGCCGGGAAAAGCUGGAUGAAUCAAUCCAAGGAGGAGAGCUGUUCCAGACUGUUGUUUACAAUCCGAUUUCAGUUUUCAUGAGCCACAUGUCGAACUACGGCAACGACCGUCUAGCACUGUACACGUUCGAGUCAGUCAUCAAAUUCCUUCGCUGCUGGACCAAUCUGAAAUUGUCCAGUGCUCCACCCGUCGUUCUCGCCGAAAAGUACUUUCAAAUGUUCCCGGAUGAAGCGGAUCCCAUCUGGGGCAACCCGUGCCACGACGUACGUCACAUCCGCAUCUGGUCGCACAACAAGUCGUGCGAACAACUGCCGCGCUUCCUGGUGAUCGGGCCGCAGAAGACGGGCACAACGGCACUCUAUGCGUUCCUGUCGAUGCACCCCAACAUCUCGUCCAACAUUCCCAGUCCGGAGACAUUCGAGGAGAUCCAGUUCUUCAACGGCCGCAACUACUACCGUGGCCUCGCCUGGUACAUGGACUUCUUUCCGCUAGUCAAGAACACCACCGCGCAGUUCCUCUUCGAGAAGUCGGCCACUUAUUUCGAUGGUGAACUGGUGCCCAAGCGGGCGCAUGCGCUGUUGCAACAUGCUAAAUUGGUGACUAUCCUGAUUUCGCCGUCGAAGAGAGCCUACAGCUGGUACCAACACACCAGAGCUCAUGGCGAUCCCAUUGCCCUCAAUUACACUUUCUAUGACGUCAUAUCAGCGUCCGACACUGCGCCCAAGGUGCUAAGAGAUCUAAGGAACAGGUGCUUGAACCCUGGCAAAUACGCGCAACAUCUAGAGAGAUGGCUGACGUACUACACUCCGCAGCAGCUGCAUAUAAUCGAUGGAGAUCAACUCCGAUCCAAUCCUAUCGAAGUGAUGGACCAGCUGCAGAAGUUCCUCAAAAUUACACCAGUUUUCAACUAUUCAAACCACUUGAGGUAUGACCCUAAAAAAGGGUUCUUCUGCCAAGUAUUGAACGGGGACCACACAAAGUGUCUUGGCAAGGGCAAAGGUCGUCUCUACCAGCCCAUGGAGGAGAAGGCUUAUAAGCUCCUACAGCGUUACUAUUUGUCGCACAACACAGCUCUGGUGAAACUGUUGCGACGGCUGGGCCAACGCACUGUUCCGCAGUGGCUGAAGGAUGCCUUGUCGGACACCUGACACGGACACCAUCACCAUCACGGACACCACGGACACCAUCAUAACCGUCGCAUGUCCACUGCCGUCUGGAUCGACGCACUUGACGACUACAUCUGAGCCACUGGUAUCAUAGAAUGAACUUGAUCUGCUCGGUUCAUGUAACUUGUAUGGUACACAACGUAGUUAGAUUACGUUACUGAACUUUCCAGUGGAACAAUCAUGAAUUAGCACAGGGCUACGAUGGAGUGAACCUUCACUGCAUUUCUUCAAUGACAAUAUUUUAUCGCUUAGUUAUAGAACGGAUAACGUCUAAUCAUGAUGUUUGAAGCCAUAUCAUUUGUAGAUAUAUUUGUAAGAAUUAUUACGCCAUGUCCUUGUUAACUAAUAAAUAAUAAAUGUGAACAAAAUUUGUCCGAGGUAAAUCAGUGUCGACAAAGAUUGGGUUUUGGCAUUUCCGUAGAAUGUUCUACAUUGUAAAAAUGUGAUAUCAUAUUUGCGGUUGAACCUCUGUAAUAUACUUCUCUAUCUUUUCCUUUUUCGUUUCAUCUUCUUUACAACAGUGUUUUAAACUGAAAUGUUUGUUUUAAUUCAACUAUUCUAUUCAAAUUUUUCAUCCAUAUCAAAUCAUCAAAACGUCAAGAUCAGACAUAGUUCAGAAUAUCAUGAAUAUUAACCAUAUCUCAUGUAAAAAAAAUCCUUUAAUCAGAGAUUUCAAUAAUAAAUUCAGAUACUAUUGGUGAGAUGUUGUGAUAUCUAUCCUUAAUGAAAACACUGUGUUUCUAUUAUUUCAAUAAUAUAUCUCAUUCCUAAACACGCCUUAUCAAUUUUAUUUGUAUUUAAUAAUUAUACUUCUUAAUAAUAAUUUUAGUUUAUGAUUGAGUUUUCAUAUAUUAAAAAAUUUACUAAAACCUGCUGAAUAAUUUCAGAUUAAAUAAUGUGAGACAUUGACUUCUAAGUUAGGUAUAAAUUUAAUUUAACAACUAUCACUAUUCUAAUAACAUAAAUUGUUAUAUUAUUCUAAAUAUUUAUUUCUAAAUAGGUAAAGAAAUAAAGUACCUUAUAAUCUGAAGAUUCAUAAAAUUGACAUUGUAAAAACGUAAAUUUAACAAUUUUAUGCCAUAGCUGAUUAAACUAACACAAUUUAAUAAAUAAUUUAUUUAAUAAUUUUAACAAUGCUAUUAAUAACUUUUUCCUCAAUAAUAAGGGUUUGAAAUUAUUCACUUUUCAUAUUAGUAAAAGAUUGAUGGAUAGUAAAUUCAUCAGAGCUAUUAGAUACAACAAAAUAAUAAUAUUGUAUUUUUCUUUACUGUUGUAGGUUUGGUUUUAAUAUUAAUGUGAUUAUUGCUGGUGUAUUCAAUUGAAGUCUUCUUUAAACUUGUAAUUCAAAAGUCUAGUCUGAAUUUUGAGUGUAGUCUUAUUUAUUCGUUGAUUAGUGCCACAAUAUUAAACAUAUUCUAGUUUCUAAAUUCAAUAAUAUAGACUGUCUAUCAUUUUUUUGUUAGUAGUGUAGUUGAUGACGCUUAACUCAAUUAUCGACAUUCGAAUGAAUAGUGCUAUAAGAAUGGUGUAAAAUGUUUGUGUUUAUUCUUAGCUCGUAUUAGCUGAGUGACUUAUAAUAAAUUCGACGGAACUGCCAAAACUGGAUCUUUGUCGAAUCGUUAAGAAUGUAUGUUAAUAAGUAUUGUAUAAUUUAUAAUGAUGACGAUAAUAAUUACCAAUAUUGAGUAUGUGAGUGAGAGAAGAAUGAAAUAACAUUGAAAGUUUGAGUGAAUGAUGAAGAAAGGAUGAAACAUAAAUUGAAUAUUAAUUGAAUGAAUUGAGAGAUGGAUGAAAGGCAUGUGUUACUGAGUAAUAAUUGUGAAUAAAGUCGUUUAAUUUGAAAACUGCUAUCACUGUGUCAUAAUAUUUGUGUCAUAUUAAUGUAAUGAUGUCUAUCAUCAACCAUAGAUAAAUAUUAUUCUUGUUGAUUUUUGUAAAUAAAUGGAUGUAAAUUACUGUAAAUGUCUGUAUCUAUAAAAUCUGUUCAAUAUUAUGAUUGAAAGAAAGUUGAGUAUUGCCAUUUUUGUAUAUUUGAAAAUUAAUCUUUUUUAUUUUUAUGGAGAAGUUAGAGUUACUUAUGAAGAUUAGUGGAAGUUGAUAGAAAAAUGAACGAUGUUAUUUGGGAAUUUCCAAUGCAGCUGAAUUUAAGAAUUUUAUUAUUUUAUAAAAUUUGAUUCCCAUAAUAAUAUUCAGCUCCGGAGGCCAUGCGGGCUAGCUCCCAUAUCAAUAUUUUAAUUUUAGGGCAAUUCAUCGAAAAUCUUAACAACAAUAGUUUUGAUGAUAUGAAACAUACAUUAUUAGUCCAAACUUAUUUAUUGGUUGCAGAAGAAUAAAAAAACAUUUACUAAAAAAAAAUCAAACAUAGGUUUUUGUGGAAGGCAAACUAAAAAAGAAAAUAUCGUUGCUACAAGAAUUAUUUUCAAAUGUUGAAUUCAGAGUGAAAAAUUGAUAAGGCAGCUACUAUUUUUAAGGUAUUAAUUUCUAUGUUGAAGAUCUAGAUGAAUUCUUCCAAUGAUAGAAACAUAAAAUGAAGCCUCUGAAAAAUAGUUUACUUGAAGUUUACAUCCCUUUCAAUCAAAAACUUGAAUAAAAGUUUCAAUUGAGUUAUUCCAAAUUUAUUGAGAAUAUUUCAGUACGUAAACUUUUUUAUAUUUUUUGUACUGAAUUCUCCCUCUCUUUCUACUGACUAGAGUUCACUGUGUUGAAAAAUCUUCUAGAUGUGAAAAUUUCUGGCAAUAUUGCGAACAUACUGCGUGUGAAAUUAUAGUUAAUAAUCUGUGAAAUGUUUAAAAACUGUGUUUUACAAAACAUGAAAUGUUCUACCUUUCUAUUGGAAAAUUUACUGUGGACACAAAGCAAAUGUUGAAUAUAAAAAUGAUAUAUUACAA